UGCUGUUUGCUCCUCGAAAAAAAAUCACAGUUUGCUUUUUACCUCAUAAAUUUGUCAAACUCGGACAAAUUUGAUGUAUCUUUGCAAAGCAUUUGUUUUAGCCUGAUUGACGAUGGCUGAAAUUCUAAGCAUUCGUGAUUUACCGGAUGACAAUUCUCUGAGUGUAGCUGCCGAGUCUGGACUAUGCAGUCCCCAAUCAACCAAAGAUGAUAUUGUCCCAGCGCUUGAAAUUCCUAAGCUGGCUGACAUAAUUUCCAUUGGGGAUAAGCUGGAUUCAGAUAGACCAAUUGGCGAGAGGCAGAGCCCUGAUGGGCAAGAAGAAGAAACAGAUUCCAAUACUACUGUGAAAACAAUAGAUGAACAGUCUCCUACACCUGUUGAAGAGCAGGGAGAAGAUGUGAUGAGAGAUGUCAUUCCAAGCAACAAUAUUUUACCAUGGUACGCAAGGAAAGAAAGGUCGAUUAACACUCCCACCAGUGUUCAAGUAGAAACAUCACUUAAACCAGGGGAAUAUGUUAUGAGAAAUUUAUUUGCGGAAUUUGUUAUCCAAGCUGAUAAAAAAAUUACGGGUGUGAUGGCAGAAGCCUUCGAUCGUUCAUUGUCAAAAUCCUUGCAAAGAGGAGAAGACGCCCAAUUUGACCAGCUAUUGAGUUCUUUUGGCUCAGUCGCAGAGCAUUGUCUUCCCUCUCUCUUGAGGACAUUGUUUGCUUGGUUUGAAAGGCAAGGAAUUGAGUGGAUGCCCGGAAAUGAACAUAAACAAAAAGGCGAUACAAAAAGAAGGCAAGUAGCGGGAAAUUUGUCCAGUAUUUGACCCUACUGGAUUUUGAAUAUUUUUUAAUUUGGUUUCAGCAAUGCGUCGGAAAUAUUUGCACUGUCAGAAGAAGAAUAUAUAAUGGAACGCAGAGAUUUAGCAGUACAGUUCAUACUAUGCCUAGUGCUGAUUGAAGUCUUAAAGCAACUGCCAGUCCAUCCAGGCCAUGAAGAUCUCGUCAAUUAUAUUGAGAACUUGGCUUUCAAAAACUUCAAAUAUCGCGAUGGUGUACAAAACAGUCCCAAUGCAGCUAACAUGUUGGUCAUUGCUGAUUUAUACGCCGAAGUUAUUGGAGUUUUGGCCCAAUCGCGGUUCCACUCGGUCCGCAAGCGUUUUGUUUCUGAACUUAAAGAACUGAGAAGUCGAGAGCCAUCACCAGCUACAACUCAGGCCAUCAUCUCUCUUUUGAUGGGCAUGAAGUUUUUCCGAGUCAAAAUGGUACCUAUCGAAGAAUUUGAAGCUUCAUUCCAGUUUAUGCAAGAAUGUGCUCAUUAUUUUUUGGAAGUUAAGGACAAAGACAUCAAACACAGUCUCGCAGGACUGUUUGUUGAAAUUCUUGUCCCUGUGGCCGCCACUGUUAAACACGAAGUAAACGUGCCCUGUUUGAAGAACUUCGUUGAAAUGCUUUAUCCACCAACUAUCGAUCUAGCCACGAAGAACAAACAUCGUUUGGCUCUCUUUCCUCUUGUCACAUGUUUAUUAUGCGUGGGCCAAAAAAUGUUUUUCUUGUCCAAUUGGCACUGCUUCUUGGCCAUGUGUUUGAACCAUCUGAAAAACCGUGAUCCUCAGUUUUCUCGAGUGGCUCUAGAAUCCUUAUAUCGUUUGCUGUGGGUGUACAUGAUAAGGAUAAAAUGUGAGAGCAACAGUGCUACGCUUUCACGUCUACUUAGCAUCGUGAAUUCGCUCUUUCCAAAAGGCUCGAAAUCAGUAGUCCCUCGUGAUACACCUCUCAAUAUUUUCGUCAAAAUCAUCCAGUUUAUCGCUCAGGAACGCCUCGAUUUUGCUAUGAGAGAGAUAGUGUUCGAUUUGCUUUCUGUGGCUCGUCCAGUCAAGAUUAUUUUGACACCCGAACGCAUGAACAUUGGCUUGCGAGCGUUUCUCGUUAUCGCUGAUAGCUUGCAAAAGAAGGAAGGAGAACCACCUAUGCCGAGGACGGUUGGAGCCCUUCCUUCGGGUAGUACCAUGCGAGUCAAGAAAACUUAUUUGAGCAAAAUGCUGACAGAGGACGCAGCCCGAAGCAUCGGAAUGAGUGCGUAUUACCCAUACAUGAGAAAAGUACUGAAUGGAAUCCUACGAGCGUUAGACGGGCAGUUCGGUCGUCCUUUGAUUAUGACCAACUUGCAAAACAUUAACAAGGAACCUGAUGAAAUGAUGAGUGGAGAACGGAAACCCAAAAUUGAUUUGUUCCGGACAUGUGUGGCAGCCAUGCCACGUUUGAUUCCUGACGGAAUGUCGCGUGCUGAAUUAGUGGAACUUCUAUCGCGCAUUACACUACACAUGGACGAAGAACUGCGCACGCUUGCCUUCCAGUGCUUACAAAACAUUGUCGUCGACUUCCCUGUUUGGCGAGAAGAUGUACUUUAUGGAUACAUCCAGUUUAUCGUGAAGGAAGUACCAGAUACAUCUCCGCAAUUAUUGGACAAUGUGCUUCGCAUCCUCUUACAGCUUCUUAGCACCUGGCGGAAUAGCGUCAUUACUGCUACGCAUCGCUCUCCUCAAGAAGAUCUUCCUAGUACCAUUUCGAAAUUGGAAACUGCCAGUGCAUUACGUGCAGCAGAAGGGCUGGCUCUGGUGAUGCUGUGUCAGUGCCGAUUACCACCCCGACGGGUAUCGGCGCUUAUAUUGAAGGAGGUCAAGUUGCUACUCAAAGCAUUCGGAUUGACGAGUCGAGAUGAAGAACCUGUGCUUGAUGUCAUGGAUACCUAUUGUGCUGCUGUUGUAGAUAAAUGGAGCCACCUACUGCCUUCGUCAGAAAGGGCCGCGUUGCAAAAUGUUGAUUUGCAAUGGCUCUCGGAGCGUUCAUCUCCUGUAUGGACGUCAGGUGUAAUUGAUGAUAGUACUAACAAAGGGAGCGUUGCGGCAAAUAGCGUCAGUGGUGUGGAUGUCUGGUCAUCGUGUUUGUACUCGUUCUUGGAAAAGGAUCGCGUGACAUCGCACUGCCUUUCUGCCACAGCCAACGCCUGGACCAUUGUUUUCACGCGUUUAAAUUCUUUGUAUAUUGUGGUCGAUCCAACUCCUGUCUCCGAUAAUCGCGCUUCUCUCUUGAGGAGCGCAGCCACUGUCAAACGGCCUGUCAAUGAACGAGACGUCUAUCUCCAUCUAUGGAAGAAUUACGUGGCAUUCGCUUGUCGAGUGGUCCCCCCUUCCACCAAUCCAGUUUUGCGUUGCGCUUCGCCUGACAUCAGCUUGAGUUCGUCUCCCGACGGAAUGUCCACGGAGAGGAGCGAAGUGCGCAGCUCUAGUGGAACAGUGUCACCGUCGUCCCUGUACAAGUUAAUUGUGCCGCUUAUACGUUGCGAGGUGACAGAUAUGCGCAGUACCGUUGUCAACGCGUUGGGGAUGAUAAACCAUGCUGCUAUUCGGGAUUUGAUGGAUGAACUCCUACUUUAUAUCCGCGAAGCGCUUGACCGAAAACAAGGCAAUGUUAGGCGUCAGCGUAGACGAGACGCUCUUCGGCUGCAACUAGCACGCGUUUUCCAACUGAUAGCCAAUCGUGGAACAUUUGGAAUGAGUUACGUGAACGGAGAAAGCAAUCCACUUCAUCCAGUUGUAAUUGAAUUCCUGGAUGGAAUGAGGCAAUGCCUGGAAUUGGACACGGACCGUGAUUCGGUAGCUGGACGUGAAGUCCGUUCUUGCUUUGCCCUUUUCGUCACCAAUCUGAUUGACUGCUUUCCAUUGGACGUGCGUCCUAGCCUGUUGAAGCGUGAUUUACGCCAACAACUUUUCAUCCUGUUUGCCGGCUGGAGUGGCAAAUUUGGUCGACCUUUUGGUUUCAACUCAUCCAGCGCUGCCAAAGAGCAGGAGCCCACCGAGCUUGAAUUGACAGCUGUGGAAGCGAUGAGUUCAGUUCUCUGCUGCGGACCUUGUUUUAACCGACAGGGCUUGACGGAGGAUAACCACAGCGACGUCUAUUCUUGGCUGGACAUUCUUUUGGCCUCCAAAAACGAUAAGGUUUAUUCGUUGGCUCAGGAGACAGUUGUGCUUCUACUCGAGUUCAACCCAGAUAUAAGCCCGUUGUUAGACUGGGUAGUCGAUCGAUGCUACACUGGAAACGCGCAAGUGGCCGACGGUUGCUUCCUAGCGCUGGCUACAAUUUUUAGCGCCAGAGAAUAUCCAUGUGACCAUUAUACGGCGAUUAUUAACGUCACACUCAUGUCGACUGGUUGUCCGAGAACAAUUAUUCACGAAGUCGCUCUGCAACUUUUGCAGGUACUCGAUGCCCGAUUUUUCGGAAGUGGCCCUUCGCUUCCUUUAGCUUUUGGGGAUUUAGAUAGCGAAGCAACCGAGCGAGCCGAAGGGGGGAUUAGCACUCUGGAUGCCCUUUUGGCGACCACGUACUCACGAUCACAGAUAUACCUCUCCCGGCAACUGGCACAGCUUCAUCCGGAAUUAACUAUGCCAAUGUUUUCGGAAAUAACGCACCGACUCCAAACGGCCAGACCUACUGUCCGCCAACUUUUAUUCCGUUACCUGCUCCCUUGGUUGUGUAACAUGGAACUCGUCGACCCCAAUCUACCACCAAUGAGCAGCGGUUAUAACUAUCCAACUUAUUGCGCAGACUUAGGGAGAUCAGCACCCGGAGCAGCCGCGAAUAAUAUGGCUGGAGAUGCAAAUGAAACUGGCCAUCGUGAAGGUUGGGGUUCGGCAGAGGCGACGGAAAUGGUGUUGAACAACCUCUUUUACGUCACGGUGAAAUUCGGAGACGAUCAUCCCAAAGAAUUAGAGGAUGUGUGGGCUGAGUUGUGCACGUGUUGGCCUACUAAUUUACGAGUCAUCUUGCGCUAUCUGUUCAUCGUAACGGGUAUGGCGGCUUCGGAACUUCUUCCCUACGCAAAACGCGUAGUAAUCUACCUUGGGCGCGCCCGACCAGAGCGCCUGCUGGACGAACUUAUCAACGAAUUGCAAACGAUUGAGACAAUGUCUUGUUUGAUUGAACGGACAGAGACACCGCCCUUUUUCCGCGUUACGAGUCUUCGUAAGACUUCCUCUCAUUGGGGUGAGUCUGGAACGGAGCCAACAGCUCCUAGCGGGUCUAGUGGAGGCCAAAUCAACCGUGCUGAAGAUGCGUCACUUGGAAUUGGAGGACUGAAUGUUGAGAAAGGGACAAUCCAUACCAAGAGACACAGCAGCGAAGAUCCAGGUAUGCUGACGUUAAGUGCAGCCGCCGUUGUGGCUGGCAGUGUUUGCAGUGCCUCGAUUCCGGCAGUCAACAAGCUAUCGUGCUCCUCCCCUCGUCUCGACCGCUCCCGAUCACACAACGAUGUCGAGAUCCACAUAACGAAAAAAGUUGUUUUGGAAGAGCACCCAUCCACCAUCAAUCCCCCGAACAACGACUACGAAGCUUCGCAGCCGCACCCUUUACCUAUGCCGGAGUAUGGUGGAUACUUCGCCCCAUUAACCGAAUUUCUUCCUAACAGUUCCCAGCCAGUCAAUGGAUUCCAUCGGUGCAACUUGGCUGUCAUGUUUCUAGUCGAUUUGGUAGUGGAAGGUAUGGAACAAGGAAGUGAAGUCGAUUGGUCCGUCCACCUUCCACUUGUUUUACACAUGGCCAUCCUCGGUUUGGACCACACCCGACCUUUAGUCUCAGAACACUGCAAACAACUGCUCUUAAAUUUACUGCUAGUUCUGGCCGACCAUGGAGAUCAUCUGACGGUUGCAAAGGUUUUGCUUCAAACAAGAACGGAGCAACUCAAAUACGGCCUGACAACUUCUACGUUGCCUGUUCAGAAACAUAAUUUUACCGAGCCCGACUCUGAGUUUGAUAGCUAUCUUCAAGCUCCGUUCAUGCAACUAGGAACGCCCACAUGGUCUUCUUCUGAGACUGGAGAAGAUUUGUCGGGCGAUGACGAUAGCACGGAAAUGCCAGCUACUGUUGCGCUGUCCGAUGUCAUCAAAUCGUUGAUUUACUACAUUUCAUCCAGACCUGGACAACCUCUGUGGAGUUACGAGGAUAUUACAUCGAAAGUAUGGAGCGUUCGAAGCGCCGAACAGUUGGAUGUUUUCGUUCAACACAUUUGUCGCGUUUUUAGUGAGUCGCUGCCUCACAGCCACCUGGAAGAAAGAUGGGCUCAAGUCGCACUUCAUUUGGCUCUAUCAUCACCUUCGAGGCAUUAUGCUGGUCGUUCCCUUCAAAUCUUCCGAGGAUUGCGUGUUCCAAUAACAUCACGGAUGCUUACCGACAUCCUGUCGCGUCUAGUAGAAACAGCAGCUGAGCAGGGCGAGGAUAUGCAAGGUUACGUGACGGAACUUGUAUUGACGCUCGAGGCAUCUGUCGAGUCGCUGGAAACGGAUUUCCGGCCGAUGGACGUAGCACGCGACAUUUUCAAAUCGACGCCCAAUCUGAACAAUAAAGAAUGUGGCAGUCCUUUCCUCGAGAGAGCGACAGGCGCUAAUCUUACUCGUCGACAUGCUUUCUACGGCCGGACUCAUCUUAGUGCGGGCAACGCUCCUUACAGUCACAUUCGAUCCACUAGUUAUACCGCAGCGUGUGGCGAUAAGAAAACAGGCAACAGUGAUCUAAAAGAUCAAAUGCGAGGCAGAAGCAGCAGUGGGAAUGCAAAUGGCGUUACGCUCUUCCCGGGCUCAAGCCUUUCACGUUCGCGAUCGGCCCAAUCCCUAAAGCAGGCUUUAGAGACAGGCCUCGUACAGGAUGACAAAUUAGCAAUCUUGGCACAGCUAUUCUGGAUUGCAGUAUGUCUGUUGGAAUCCGAUUACGAACACGAAUUCCUUCUCGCCUUACGGUUGCUUGAACGAGUCCUUCAUCGAUUACCACUUGAUCGUCCGGAUUGUCGUGAUAGGGUGGAGAAAAUGUUACCCCAACUGAAAUGGAAUAACUUUACCGGCGUCCACGCCAUCGUCCUCAAAGGCUGUACCAGUCCCAACGUCUCGACCUACGAAUCGACGUUGUCGUUGUUGAGCCAAUUCACACCUUUCUUGGAGAUCGCAUUGAUGGAUCCUUCCACCGGUUCCGCUUUCGCCAUCAACGUCAUGGCUCUUCUGCCCUACAUGGUGGCAAAUUACGAAGACGCCACUCCGCUUUGCAUCCGCAGUGCUGAAAACAUCGCUCAUGUGAGCACGGAAAAAGGCAAAAAAAUGGAAAAUUUAGCAACGGUGAUGACACUGUACAGCCGUCGGACGUUCAGCAAAGAAAGUUUUCAAUGGACCAAGUGCGUCGUCAAGUACUUGCAUGAUUCCUACGGCUAUCUCACUUUGCCUAUGGUCACCUUCCUUGUUGAGGUUUUGGAACGUGGACCAAAUGGCAUGCAAGGUGCUGUCCUAAGCAUUCUGCACUGCCUUCUUCAUUACGUCGACUUCAAUUUGUCCGCCAAUGCUCAACAGGUUAACGCUGAUCUUUUACGAGUCAUAGCCAAGUACAUCGAGGGUGCGCAUUGGAAGGAAGCCCUAAAAAUACUGAAGUUAGCCGUUACCCGUUCCUCCUCGCUUGUUGCUCCUCCGUCAUCCGCAAGUGGCCCUGCAAGUGGUUGGGGCUCUGAUUCCAAUGCGUCUUCUUUUUCUGAUUCCGAAUUGUUCGUUAAAAAGGAACUUCCAGGACGCACAAUGGAAUUCACCUAUGAUCUGUCGCAAACUCCGAUCAUCGGUCGACGGCAUACUGGUCCUGGCACAGAGUCUUAUCGGCCAAAAGAUCCGUUUACAUCUGCUACUGAAGCUGAUACUAAGGUUGCAAGCAGUAAAGAAGAGAAAGGACCGGGCAAUGGUGCAUCAUCGCCUCGACGAUCUGUAUCGCUUUCAUCGGCGGACUCUUCGUCUAUCUCGGGCUGGAAGAGACCCUGGCUAUCACAAGCUCGUGUUCGCGAAUCUCUAGUCAACUUGUUAACCGCAUUCGGGCAACGCGUAGGUCUGCCCAAGAGCCCAUCGUGGGUCUUCUAUGUGGACCACCAGACGGGCAAGGUUAUCUUCAGCCAGAGUUCGGAGUUGCUGGAACGCCAGUCGAGCAUGGCCUCAUCGAUGGAAGAGGUGUCGACGCAGCAGGACUUGUCCGGCGACUCUAAAUUGGACGACUCGGUCACCACCGACCAGCAGUUUGGCGUCUUUAAGGAUUUCGAUUUCCUCGAGUACGAGUUGGAAUCUCAGGAAGACGAAGGGAUGGAUCAGUUCAAUUGGGGUGUUCAUCGACACUCGCUCUCUAGCUUGAACGCCGAGGGCGAGAAGGAAAACACCACUCAAGCGACUCCGAGUCAUUCAUCGAGAAAGGAUCAUGGUAUUGAGGAAUCGUCCGACGAUGACAUGGGCUCUGUGUCUCCAUUGGAUGAUAUGGAAGCCGGAUUGAGGCACAGUAUCAAUGAGUUUCCGAGCAUGACCAUCACGAGAGACCUUCCUUCAUCGCUACCGCUCGAUCUCAACUCCAGCCAUUCUGAAAUCCAUUCGGAUUCUUCUCAAAGUGAAUGCAGCGAAGGAGACGGAGGUGAUGUGACUCCGUGCAACCUUUCGCCUUGCAUUAUCGGACCCAUGGCGUCGGUGACCCCACCGAGUUUCAUGACAGCAGCAGAGACGGCGACCCAACCUCACAGUAGUUUGGAGGAUGUCGACCCAACUUGGAGGACUCACUUCCAACUCUUAGUAACGGAGGGUGGCCCCUCUCAAUUAGUUUCUUCCCUUCAUUUCCUUCCGAAACUCUUCAGGGACGUACGAGCUAAAGUGCUUUCAGCAACUAGGGAAUGUUGCCAUUACCUCCAGAAUUCCCAGGGCAAUGGAGCAACUGUACUGAGACAGAUCUGCGCCAACUUUCAAGCGACCGCCGAUGUGGUGGCCACCCGCUGCGAGUGUCCGUUUAUAUUCUGCGAGAGCAGUCUUAACGACUGGGCCCACAGUCGCUAUUGGAAGCGAUUGCGCUUCACGUUGAUGGAAUUUUACGAACACAGCGAAACAUGCACCGACCGGAGAGAGCACGCCUUGGAGUGCCUUGGGCUGGUGCAGUCGACGUUGAAGCUUCAAAUGAUGGGGGAAACGUUCCCCGAGCAAACUCAUGACGAACAACACUAUGACCUGUGCCGCUACCUUUAUCGGCUCCAUUUCCAAGUCCUACUCUUUAUGGAAAAUUCGGCCAAGUUGGUGAAUGCGCUGCAGAAUGUCGCUACGGCUCAUGAGAUGUUGGACAUGUCAUCCGACAUUGGUCUGAUACGAAUGGGACUGUAUCAAGCUUUGGAAGAAAUCGAACUGGAUUCGUUGGACGGCAGCCAAGCUACUCCGACGGACAUGUCUUUGAACGACACUUCCAUUCAAGAGGAAAUGAAUAUAAAAGAGCUCGAAUACAACUUAUUGGAGCUUCUCAUGAAUAAGCGUUUCGUCAAAGCGCUGCGCCUGACGCGCCAGUAUCGUCAAUGUUGGCCGCAUGAUUUCUUUGGAACCAGUGAUGACGAAGAGUUGGCGGCCAUUUUGCGAGUUUAUGGAAGAUACAUUGCUAGCAAGAAAUCAUGCGCUAUAAUAGCAACGUGCCCCGAUGAAUCUUCUUUGGCCGACAGCAGUGGCGUUAUAAUGGAUUUUAAUAUGCAGACGCAAUCGACGCUGAAAACCCUCGAGAAAGCGCUCAUGAUCAUUUCUGAUUCUCGUAGCGACCGCUCCGAUUACAGCGAUAUGUUAGAAGGCCGUUCUUCGACUUACAAAGCGGUGAUCCACAUAGUACGAGGAAAUAUGACAAGAACCCGUCGAAGAUCAACUUUUUUGUGAAGAAAAUGCCGUUACAUCGUUCGUACCUCGUUUUACUUGUUUUGAAUUGUUUUAAUAAACAAGCACGUUUUAGCUCCUA